CUCUUAAUGUCAGGAGUAUAAUCUGCAAACAAUCUAAUAUAAAUGUUAGAAGACUUCAUUAAAGUUAAUACCCUGACUGUCGUCCAGUUUUUGUUUUCGAAGCGAGGUCGUCUCACGGUUCAUUUAUCCAGUAUGUCUCAUUCAAAGUGAUCAUUCAGCUGUGGACCAUACUGUGUGGAUUUGCAUUAUCACUUAAAAACCUCCUCAAAUAGCAGCAGCAGCAGUCAGACCCUGCAGAGGGAGGACAGCUGUUCACGUCUGAAGACUGAGGAGAUGUAGAGACUGUUCUUCAGAGUCAACAUGGAAAACACUGGGUUUGUGGUGCUCCUGUUCACAGGUUUCUGCGUUCCCUCCACUCCCCAACAAAACAUCUACUACUUUGUCUCACAGGAGAUGAACUGGGAAGAUGCUUUCAUCUACUGUGCCAACGAAUACACUGACCUCGCCCAAAUCCUUAGCAGUGAAAAUGUAACCAAAGCGAUGGAGACUCAGACCUGGGGAUACACGGGAAAGGCCUGGAUAGGGCUGUUCAAGAACAGGACAGACUGGACCUGGGAGGGAGGGUUACCAUUUAGUUUUUCCAAAUGGAGAGAAGGCCAACCAGACAACGACAAGGGUGAUGAGUUCUGUGUGUUCAUGGAUGCGGAUGGAACCUGGGCUGAUGACAGCUGCUCUGUGAAGAAAAGUCAUAUCUGUUCUGAAGGAGAGAGUUAUAACGUUUCCACGAAUAAUAUGACAUGGCACGAGGCCAAAGCUGACUGUGAACAUCGAGGCUCAACACUGGCCUACAUCCAUGAAAAAAAUAAUAGAGACGUUGAACAAGUGCUGGAAGGGUUAACAGAUGUGUGGAUUGGCCUCUCCAAGUCUGAUCUCUGGUACUGGUCAGAAGCAGAAGGAAACGUCGAAUUUGAAAACUGGAAAACUGGACAACCUGACAACCAGGAAGACACCAGCUGUGCAGCUGUAGGGUUGAGUGAUGGGACCUGGACUGAUGAAGCAUGCGAGACAGCUUUACCUUUCCUUUGCUACGGAGUUAACAAAGCCAGGAAAACUACGCUACAUCUGAAGUUCCAGUCCAGUGCAAACUUGGAAAAUCCAGCCCUCGCUGCAGAGUUAAAGCAGCAGCUGCGUUUGGCGUUUGCUCAGCAGGGAAUGAGCGAACUGAAACUGACUUGGAUUAAGCCGCCAGUGAAAACACCGAAAAAGCAGCAAGGAGAUGAAGAGACGUGUUCGGAUGGUGAGAGAAAAUCCUUCGAAGACACGCCAGGACUUACUUAGUUCAGGACUCUGGGAUCUCAAAGACUGGACUUGAAAACACUGAGUCUGAGCUUGAUCACGUGUUCGUUUGUGUGCGUUUUGUUUUGACAAUGAAUGAAUCAAGAUAUGUACAAUAAGGACAAAUCAAAAGAUAAUAUUUAAUGUGAGAUAUUAAUGUCAGUGUACAAUUUGCAUAUAUGUGUGCUUUGGAAAAGUUGGGCUCUUUAAAAGUCUCAAGUUCUUUGGUGUUACAUGUCCUGACAGCCUUCAGAGUUAUGUAAAGGAUUAUGAAAAGUAAGCCUCUGUGGGAGUCCUUAAAAAAAGAUGUGAUCAUUUUUGGACACAGUUCCACUUUAGUAGAAGUGAUGUUAAAGUUCUGUUUCACUGAAUUGUCAAACACAAAGGCAUUUAUCAGAGUCUCUUUCCUCUCUCACGAACACAUCUAUCACACGUCCAUAUGGCUUUGUGCUGCUCUCACACUGAUUUGAAAUGAAAAUGGUAAAGAAGGUAAAAUAUGGUGCCCUGUUCAUAUCUCAAUAUUUGCAUUAAAAGCAAAGCAUUGCCUUCAUUUGCUUCAGUAUCAUCCCCAGCCAAAAUGACCUUGAUCAGGAUGCUCAUUUGGAUGUUUAAGUAUGUAAAUAAAAAGCACCGGAGCACUGGAGAAUCUGGGAGAGGCAAAUUCAAGGCAUUCAAAGGGUUAAUCAUUGGUUUCAUUGAUGAAAAUAAACAUGAGUAGAUAUUAUAUUUCUGUAAAAUAUUCAUUGUCUUUUUUAAUAGAUUAUAUAAUAUAUUGCUUAUGUUGCAUUCACUUGUAUGAUUGUAUAACCUACCAUAUAAAUACUGAUAUAUCAAA